AUGCCCGGAACGAGCUCCAGGAGCUGCUCCGGCAGCUUCCGCGGGGGUCAUGCCGGGCGGGCCGCCGCUAUCGCACUGGCGGCAUUGGCGCUGGCCAGCGCCAGGCUGGUCUGGCUGCCGGCUGCGCUUGUGCGCCACGGCCCGCCGCUAGGCCUGCUGCACCGACCGUCGAUCCCGCGGCACUCCCGAGGGCGCUCGGCCGCGGCGGCGGGCGGUGCCGCCGGCGUCGACGAGCUCUUCGCCGCGCUGCAGGGGGAACUGGAGAGUCGGACGCCGCUGCACGAGGAGCUGGGGCUUGUGAUGGAUGCUGGCCGCCGGGCCGCGGAGGACGUCGCCGUCGUUGAGAUGUUUCGCGGCUUGCUCGAGUGGUUGCGCGCGCAGCCUCCGAGCACCUCGCUGGGACCGCUGUCGGCAGCUGCUCUGCGCCACCCGAAGUCGGGACGAGAGGUGAUAGUGCUCGGUACGCUGCACAGCGCCGCAGGGAUGGGCAUCGAGCAGAACCCAGUGCCCGCUGCUGUGCGGCGUGCGAUCGCGAGGCUGAAGCCCGACAUCGUAGCGGUAGAGCUGGACGAGGCCCGCGGCACCCGCGAGCUGGAGGGCCUCCCGUCCUCGCUCUGGGGACGAGCACCGGUGCUGUUGCCCUCGCGGGAGCCCGGCGGCGACAACCCCUGGACCUUCGACUGGACCGGCUCGGCCAGCCUGCGCGUGGAGCGGGAGCUGGUGGACAGGGUAGUCCGCCGACUAGGACCACAGCUCCAGAGCCACGCUGGCUUGCUAGAGGCCACUCGCGAGAUCUUCGCCGAGAGCGACGACAGCUGCUUGGCCAUGAAUGUGUUCGCGCUCCGAGAGGCGCGCGGGCGCCAGGCCAACGACUACGGCAAGGACGCGACCGCCGCCGUCGCGGCGGCCGCGAAGGCGGGUGUUCCCCUUCUGUUCUGCGAUCUCCCGCAGGAGAGGACCAUGGGCAAAGUGGUGCCGCUCUACAACAACGCGUGGCUUCGCGGCCGGCAGGUGCACCUGGAGUGGCUCGGGGACAGGCCCUGCGCCCUCCGUGUGGCCGAGGCCGAGGACAAGAUUCUCGCCGAGCGCCUCAUGUCUGGCAACGGCGGCGACUUGCCCUCCCUGGACCACGCCAUGAAGCUCUGCAGCCCUGGCACAGGGCCGGGCGAGGCCGAGGUGCGCUCCGUGUGGUUGCAGAGCCGCGACGAGGCAAUGGCGGCUGCCGUGGCCGAUGCGCAAACGGAGGGACGUGCGCGCUCCGCGUCCGGCGGGGCGGCGAGCCUCCCCCCCGCCGAGCGCAUCGUGCUGAUGGUGGGGGCCUACCACGUGCAGGGCGUGGCGGGUCACCUGCGUGCCGCCCACGGCUACGAGGACGCCGCCGCGCCGCGGGCCGGCUGGCCCAGCGUGUCGCCUGGAGCCUCCAAGAGAGGUGCGCGGCGUGCGCAGCGCCCCGCACCGGGGCGAGCGGGCUUUCGCUGA